GGAUUUUUUCUAUGUGGUUUAAAAAAAUCUGUUUCCAGAUGAAAGCCUUGGCAAGGUUUUGGUGUUGCCAAGAGCAGCUCUGGAUGCAGUUGGAAAAAAUUCUGUUGAAUAAAUUAGAAAUUCAACGCUGAACAUGUGUGUCUGAGGGAAACCAGAUUUUAGACAGCUGCACUGGGGGUUCGCACAUGUACUUGGUGUGCUUGACUGCAGCUGAAUUAACAUUUACUAUCAUACCUACUGUUAACAGUUGGACUGCACAUUUCCAUCUUUUUCUUAAUAUAUUAAAAUAUCACUGUAGUUUUCAGAAGCUUGAUGAGUUACCACAUUUGCCAAACUCAAAUGAAGAAAAUUUUUUUUUUAAUGGUAUACUAAAGGGAAAUAAAUUUUAGGAGUUGGUAAACAACCUGUUGUAGGUUGUCUGUGCUUCAGUGUGUGGUUUUUAUUUGCCCUUCUGUAUGUGGAGCUGGUACUUCGCAACUGUGUAAAGAUGUUGCCUGCACUCUCAGAUGUUCAUCUUCUGCCAGAUCUUAGAAACCAUGAAGAUGCAUAAUGUUGCACCUAAUAAUGCAUGAGAGGUAGCACUCUGUUUCUUUUCUUGCUGUUAUUUAGCUGACUCAUGAAUAGUUUCCAUUUUUUUGAGUAGUUUUUUGUAGAGAGGUUUUGCAUCAUUCUUCUGAAUAAUUAAAAUUACAAAUUUCUUCUUGUACUCUGUUGCAUACAGAUGUCUUUGAAAUACUGAUGAUUAAAUUCAGUUCCACCACUAAUUUCAAAGAUUGUAAGUUCAUCUUAAAAGUACUACUCAGAUUUAGAAUCUUGGAAUGAAAACACGUUUUCAUACAUAUAGAAAGUUCCCACUUGCAUAAUGCACUGUGUUACUUGGUUACCUAGUAGUUUUAAGUACUAGGUUAGAAUGCCAAAUUUCUUACUGUGUUCUUUUUUAAAGGACAAUUCCUGGUAGAUUUUGCAACAGUAAAGUAGUUGCUUUUUGUUGAUUACUUUGAAGAGAAAAUAUUGGUAAGAAGUAAUUACAUAUUGUAGAACAUAAGCACAGGAUGGUUUACAAGUGAGUAGUUAAAUCCUUGUGUUUUACAAAGUACGUUUUUGAAGUUAAUUUUGCUUCCUUACUCCUGUUGUCCUGAAAUGACAACUUUUUGAUAAUCAUGCCUGAGUAAAAUUGAGUGAGAUUUUAAUCUGCAAUCAAGUUUUUCUGUAUUUACCUAUUUUCCAUUGAAUAAUGUGUCACUAUACUGCUGUACGUAAUUUUUUACAGUAAUGGGGGGGGAAGUGGAAAUACCUCUUAAAGAUAAUUUUUUUUUAUUCCGUCUGUGCAAAUAACGGUUUCUUGAAAAUAAAGGGCUUGAUAUGGCGAGCAGCUCUUAAGUUGAUCAUGAAACACAUGCUUGGUUAGUUAGAAGAAUCUGAAAUUGCCCAGUUUGCAAGAUAUUAGAUUGUUCAAAACUAGCCUGGACUUGAAAUGUAAGAAUAAAAUACAUGGUAAUGAGGGUUUGAGUUUUACUUCUUUCUUACGCUCCUGUGUUGCAGAGAAUGCAGAUGAGGUUUUGUUCCUGUGUAGGUAGGUUUCCUUCAGUGAAUCCAAGGCUGGCUUUUAGGAACCUGAGAGAGAACUGACUGUGUGUGUAAGGCAGUAGUUAGAGCACUUUAGCAACCUGAAGUGCAUACUGCUUAAACGGUAUGAGUUACCUAAUAUGGGGUGAAAUGGCAUCCUUUUUUUUUCUCCAUAGUUCAGAAGCACACUGAAUCGGGAUGGAAAUUUGUGUGAGGGAAAGGCUAAGGACUUCAACUCUGGGCAUUUUGCCUCUGCAGUCUGUGGAAUCACUUAACGCUGCUGUGAUCUUUUGAUGUAAUUUAAUGGGGGAUGGAUGCUUGUAUUGGGUUAACAGGGUUAUCUUACAUCUGUAUUCAAAAAGGACAUGAGGGAUAAAAAUGUCGUAAAUGUGGUCUAGCACACUCAGUUCACUACAGUACCAUUCUCUACACUGACUAUUACAGUAACUUCCAUUUCUUCUAAUUUUGUUGUUCUGAUGAUUACUGUUACAGCGGCAAUUUAUUUCUUCAGGUAUUCCAUAGUGAAGUUACUAUGAAUAUUGGGAUUGUAGAUUAAAAUUCUGGAGAAUGGUGUAGAGCAACAGAACAGUACAGAAGAUUUGAUGGCUGGGAUCCAUUAUAAAGCGUGGUGGAGGUUUCAUCAGAGUUACUGCUGGCUGGAUGUGUACAAAGUCUUACGGAACUUGAGAGGAUUAGUGGGCCUGUCUCGUAACUCAAACAGUGGUUGCUUCAGGUGCUAAGUAUGUUACUGUGUGCAAGUUUGAUUAUCUCCCACUAGAAAGCUGUAACUACAGCACUAAUUUCCUUGCUUUAAAGCAUUGAUUUCCAAAGGUCAGUGUUCACUCUUAGAAGUCAUGGGCCAGCAUGCUGCUGGUCAGGGAUCAACCCCAUGUACUUGAAUGUUAAGUUAGGAGCCUGUUGAUUUUUUAUAAUAGGUUUGCGAAUAAAUUUGUUUACUUGUGCCUUACCAAGUUUUGAUGUUGAUUGUGUCACACUUUUGGGAAUUACUGCUCUAAAUGUUGCUUUUCCAAACUAGCUGCUAUUUUAGGCUUUUUACAAAACGUGAAAAUAAUAUUUUACUGCUUUGUAUCUGAACUUAUGUAUUAAGCUCAUAUGAAAUCAUAAAGGACUCUGAGAAAAGAAAAUAAUUUUUGUGACAAGCUCGAAUAUAAUUAGAAUUUAAAAUCCAGCAUUUACAGUGGGUUUGAAUUUUUCAAUUUUAAAAAUUAUGUACAGUAUAUGAAGCAUGUAUGAAAAGUUGGACUGUUUCUGGAAAAAAUAAGUUUUAAUGAUUCUGCAGGUUGUAGGCCCUGCAUGUGUUGCAUGUUGUGGAUUGUGUAGCACGGUGAUGAAAAAUUUAGGCUGGUAGGGACCACUGGAGGUUAUCUCGCCCUGCCCCCUGCUGUAAGUAGAACUAGUGUCAAAGUUAGGACAGUUUGGUCAUGGCCAUCUGAGUUCUGAAAAUUUCCAAAGGGGGUGAUUCCAACCUAUUGAGCAUUCUUGUUUGUGAAAUUCUUUUUCCCUUAUAUCUGGUUGGGGUUUUCUGUGUUGCAUUUUUUGGCUGUUGCCUCGUGUCUUGCGGUGCAUUGAUGAGAAGAGGCUGGCUCUGCUCAUUUUAGUACCACUUUUUAGCUAGUGGCAGACUGGAGGUAGUGCCUCAGUUAGCCUUCUGUUGUCCAGGAUGCAGAAAUGUAGUUCCCUCAGCCUUUCUUAGUGUUAUGUGCCUGCAGGAUUUUAUUGGCACUUUGCUGGACUCUUUGAAGGUUUUUAAAAUUUGUUUUAGGGGUGUGUGUGUGGCAAAACUGGACACAGUAUUUCAGAUGAGAGCUUAGAAGCGAUGAGUAGAGGGGACUAAUUGCUUCUAUUGACCUGCUGCCUGCCCUGCAGCUAACGUGGGAGUUGUGGCUGUAUUAACUGUAUGUGAGUGGCUACAGUCUGACAGUUGCUUUUAAGUUGGCUGAAGCACUGCUGCCUUCCCCUGUACUUAACUACCCAGCUCCGUCAUUCCUGUUCCCUCUUGUGCGCUGGGACUAGCACCCUUAUAGCCCCAUGACAAGCCACAACCAAAUCAAGAAGUCAAUCCAAGUUGAAAUGGAUCCGUGUAUUUUGUCAGAUCAAUUUUCUGUUCAGGUGACUGUUCAAAGCCUUGAGCUGACUCGGUGAAAGUGAAUGAGUGGGUGCAGGACUGCUUUCUUCCUCUUUUGUUGGUCUGUGCUCUGUAGUGAGAGUGCUGAAAGGAAGGCAGGGGCUUUAAGGCUGAGUUACAGCAGGCCCCCAGAGGGUUGGUCUGCAUAGCUGGGAUAAUAAGUUACAGGAAGUAUCUGUGCUGGAUUGUGACUAAUCAGUAAGGAUUGACCUUCGUAAAUUAGUUGGAUGCACCAGCAGGGCUGAGUUUGGCCUGCUGAAGAUAAACUGAUAUUUUUUGGGGGGUGUUUUUAUUUAAAAGAAAAAAGACACUGUAGAACAGUAUUGAUGAUAAUUAGAUAUUUGUUAGGCUACAUUGUAACAACUCUCCAAGAGGUUGUGUGAAUCUUUCCAAUGUGUAUUUUCCCCCAGCUGUCUCUAGCAUGGGCUCUUGUCAGGCCCUGGGUGCACUGAUGGGCCCUGAUGGCCCAGGCAAGCCUCCCCUGGAGCCUGAUCCACCCACUUAGCCCAGGGCUGAAGCCCUUGUCAACUGAUCCAAAUAUAGAAGCGAGUCAAUCUUCAAGAGUCUAGGCCUGCAGUCUCCAGAUGUUCUUCAUUGCACACCCCUAUUGGUAAAAGUUUUUUGAGCAUGCACCCCCUUUAUAUGUAUAAUUAUUUACAAAUUAUAUGCAGGUACUACUGGAGUUCUAAUAUUUUCUUCCUGCACCCCAGUGGAUUGUCUUGCGCACCCACUGGGAUGCACAUGCGCCACGUGGGAGACCGCUGGUCUAGGCUACAUAACUCGAAUCCUCUAAUUCCACUGUUGUGUGAAGUUUUAUUUUCAAACUGUCUUGGCUUAGUGUGGUUUAUACCAAUUUCAUACAUCAGUCAUUGAUUUGGCCCACUGUUAACAGACGCUGAGGAGGACAGAAUUUGUAUAACUUGUGUAUAGAAAGAUAGGAAAAGCAGAAAGCUUUUCUACCAUUUGUGCUGGAGAAAAUGUGUUACUAAAAUUUUACAGGAUAGGCUUGCAUUUAUUAACACACUCUAAAAUGAUCAUCUGUGUCAAGGUCAUGUGUUGCUAAAGUUACCCUCUUUUCUAAAUGGACCGAACGUGUAGUUGCUUUUGGGUGGGCGAGGACUCGGUCUGAUUGUGCACCUCCUCUGUUGCUGUCCUGAAGUUAGCAGGAUGCUAAUCCUCAUUGAAAAUCUGCAUCAGUUAAAAAGAUUUAAAUCUGCAGUCAUGUGGUUCUGUAGAUCUUGGGUAUGUGUGGUGCAGUAGGAACAGAAUUUAGUCUAAAUAGGUAGGAUUGUUGCUUGUUUGUGAUCUUGAUUGUUCUUUCACAGACCACGUACCCCUAUGUGUGCUGUUUAAAUGGCGUGUUGGUCCUGUGGUAUGUCACACAGGCACUGCCAUGCAGCAUCAUGUUAGUGUUGUGUUACGUAGCUGUCAUGUGUGGGGGUAUUGAGAUAGUAGCCAUCUGACUGUGCUUUUUUUGCACUUUCCAAGGUGCAGGAGCAUGUAGUCCCUUAGGCUGCUAGUGCUGGUCAGAAAAAUUUAUGAAUGUAGCAAGAGCUGUGUAUGAUCGGUGUGUUGGUGGCUCUGUGGUGCUAUAUUCAUCAGCUGUAUAAAAACUGGGUAAUAGUUUUAUACAAAUUAGCUCUUUGGUAAACCAGAAUUAAAAAAAAAAAGUGAGAUAAUAUUUCUUUUUCAUGUGUGUAAAGAAUGCUAGUGAUGACAAGAAUGCUGUUCAGGCUUGUUAGGAAGAUGUACUUCUGGAGGGGCUGGCCGUGAUUCUUGGUGUUUAUAAAAAAUGUAGCUGUUUUCUGUGGGUUUUAUUGUCUGUUGUAAACUGGUAGGAGUUUACAGUAUGUUGGGUAGAUUUUUCUUGUAUCAUAUUUGUGAAAUGAGGGCAAACAACAAAACAAAUUAUUUUUUUCUAAUAAUUCCAACUGCAUGUUUGGCUAAAGGGCUGAAUAGUGAAGAAUAUGUAUUACCAUUAACAUUUUCUCUCAUUACUGUUUUAGUGCAAUUUAUUUUCCUUCUGAUAGUUACAUGCAGGUUUUCAAGAGUUCAGUGAACUUAUUCAUUUUGUCUAAUUAGUAGGUUUAAUACCCACAGGAGUACUGACUGAACAAAGUUCUAUGUGGUCGCUUUCCAUAAUGUUGAACCCUUUUUGUAGUAUAGUCACAGCGAAUAGUUUAUUUGGUAAAGCAAAGACUUUUUAUUUAAACAAUGUCAGUAUUGCCGUAUGGGAUGGGAUAAGAUUUUCAAAAGCAGACAUGCAGUGUGAAAACAAAGAUUCCGUCGACUUCUGACAGAGCUGAUUUUUACUUUGGGUUAGCCAGCAGUCUUGAAACCUUCCUCAUGAGAGACAGAUAUUCUGUUCAGCUGUUCAAGGAAGCAACAGCUUUCUGUAAGCAGUACUAGUCGUGCAGUUACAACAGAAUGCUAAUCACUUAAUGCUAAUUGCUUAUGAAUUUGUUCUUACUUACGCACGUUUACAUUUACAUCUUGUGACAUCAUAAAAUGGCAUGUUACUUGUUUAGCAUUAAAUUGCAAGAUCAGUGCUUGUGCAGGUGGCUGUAUGCAACAGUGAUGAGCAGAUGCAAUACUGAAUCAUGGGAGAAACUAUUUUUCCUAGGAUGCAUAAUCACCUCAUGAGUGCUGAUUUUGUCAGCAUUCAAAGUAGUUCUCUGUAGCUGUGCUUUGUUUUCCUGUUCCCCCAGAGAGGUGAUACUGGGGGAUCCUUAUAGUGAUGUAUGCUCUACUUCUGCUUCACCCUUGCUGUAAGCAAAAGCACAGGAGAUUGAAGAAAAAAUUUGAAUGAGGCUAUGCAUUAUAGAGGACAGGAUACCCUCUGCUAGUCUAAAGUAUAAACCAGUUUCAGAAACAGUGGAAUAUAGAAGAAUUUCAGGAAAGAGGUUACAGAAUCACAGGACAGCUGAGGUGGGAGGGGGUGGCUAGAGAUCACCUCAUCCACUGUUCUGCUCAUAGCCGGCUCAGCCAGAGCAGGCUGCUCAGGCCUGUUGUCCAGGUGCGUUCUGAAUAUCUCCAAGGAUGGAGACUCCAUAACCUUGCUGGAAAACGUGUGCUGGUAUUUGACUACCCUCAGGGUUUAAAAAAAAGGUUUUUUUUAAAAAAUGUUGAAAUAGUUUUUGGUGUUUGGGUGGAUUUUUUUGUUUGUUUGAGUUUGUGCCCGUUGCCUCUUGUUCGUUCACUGGAUACCACUGAGAAGAGUUUGGCUCUGUCUUCUUCACACUCUCCCACCAGGUCUUUAUAGCCUUAUAAGAUUGUAAGAUUCCCCCAUAGCCCUCUGUUCCCCAGGUGAAACAGUCCUUGUGCUCUCAGCCUCUUGUAUAACAGAUGCUCCAGUCCCUUCAUUGUCUUAUUCAUGGAGGUGUGUACGAGGGAGAGCCUGAAGAAUGAUUAAUUUGGAUCUGGUCAGGGGAGAGUUUCUAUUUCGCAAGAAGUAAGAGAGAGAGCAAAAUGAAUUAAAGCCAAAACUAUAUUUAAAAAUUUGAUAAGUAUGAUGGUAGACUUUUUAAGUGAAGUUGAGGAAAAAAAACAGGCAUGGAAUGCACAGUGAUCAGUUUGAUGUGGAUUAGAAGGUACUGUGGAGAUGAGAUUGGCUAACUAAAUGGAAGCCAGGGUUACCAGGUAGUUUAGGAUAUGCUAAUACUCGGUUGAUAAUUGAACUGGUGGAUAAGAUGAGAUCUUUACAGAGAGAACAAGGGAGGAUAAAGUGGUCAUAAGAGUUACCGACAGGGAAAAGGGAGAAGGUAGUCUCGGAUGAUAUUCUGAGAGUUAGGGUGAACAGGCAAACCAAGGUAUGCAAACAGAAGCUCAAAGGAACAGCAGUUGGAGUUGUCAUGGAUGAUGACGAUGAUGAAUCCUGUCUCCUUGAUCUUAUUGGGGACCCACAGGCGCUGAAUUAUUUUCUACAUGGACCUAGUAGUAAAUCUAGCAAUGAAGACUUGACUAAUGCAGAAUAUUCUGUAGCCAACUCAAAUUCAAUUUUCGCCAACUCCAAUAACACUGAUCCCAAGUCGUCUGUGAAAGGCGUAAGCGGUCAGCUUGGAGAGGGGCCUAGUGAUGGACUGCAGCUGUCCAGUAGCCUUCAGUUUCUUGAAGAUGAACUUGUAUCUUCUCCUUUACCUGAUCUUACGGAGGAUCAGCCUUUUGAUAUUCUUCAGAAGUCCUUGCAGGAGGCCAAUAUUACUGAACAGACUUUGGCGGAAGAGGCAUAUUUGGAUGCCAGUGUAGGUUCUAGCCAACAGUUUGCACAAGCUCAGCUUCAUCCUUCUUCAUCAGCAUCCUUUACUCAGGCUUCUAAUGUUUCUAAUUACUCAGGUCAGACGUUGCAACCUAUAGGAGUUACUCAAGUGGUACAGCAACCUGUUGGAGCAUCUUUUGCAAGCAAUACAGUCGGUGUGCAACAUGGCUUUAUGCAACACGUCGGAAUUAGUGUUCCCAGCCAGCAUUUGUCUAAUAGCAGCCAGAUUAGUGGUUCUGGGCAGAUACAGCUAAUUGGUUCAUUUAGUAAUCAGCCUUCCAUGAUGACCAUUAAUAACCUUGAUGGAUCUCAGAUAAUACUGAAAGGCAAUGGUCAACAAACACCUGCAAACAUGAGUAGUGGCCUCUUGGUUCAUAGACAAACUCCAAAUGGUAACUCACUGUUUGGUAACUCAAAUUCAAGUCCAGUAGCACAACCUGUAACCGUUCCGUUUAACAGCACAAAUUUUCAGACGUCAUUGCCUGUCCAUAAUAUCAUCAUUCAAAGGGGUUUGGCACCAAACUCUAACAAAGUUCCUAUUAAUAUCCAACCAAAGCCUAUCCAGAUGGGUCAGCAGCCUGCUUACAAUGUGAACAGCUUGGGAAUACAGCAACAUCAUGUACAGCAAGGGAUUCCGUUUGCUUCUGCAAACUCACCUCAGAGUUCAGUGGUUGGUCCUCAUAUGUCUGUUAAUAUUGUUAAUCAACAAAAUACGAGAAAAUCAGUUGCACCUCAGACAGUUAGCAAUGCUGGAGGUAGUAUUGUUAUCCAUUCUCCUAUGGGACAGCCUCAUGCACCUCAAAACCAGUUUCUCAUACCUACAAGUUUGUCUGUUAAUUCUAAUUCAGUUCAUCAUGUCCAGGCCAUAAAUGGACAACUUCUUCAGACUCAGCCUUCCCAGCUGGUUCCUAGCCAGGUGUCUGCUGAGCAUGUGAUGCUCAACAGGAACUCUACAAACAUGCUGAGAUCCAACCAGUCGUAUUCAGGACAGAUGCUAAAUAAUCAGAACACAGCUGUUCAGCUUGUUUCGGGCCAGACAUUCACGGCUCCUGGAAACCAAGUUAUAGUAAAUCAUGGAACUUCACAAAUUGUUGGUGGACAGGUGCCACUGCAGCAGGCAUCACCCACGGUGUUGCAUUUGUCACCCAGUCAAGCUAAUGUUCCUCAAGGUAGAUCAAGUUUUACUGCAAUGUCACCUGGGCAGUCUACAGUCUCAAAUACAUCAGCUUCUAAUCGAUUUGCUGUCGCAAGUUCUUCUGGUUCAGUACAUCCUAGCUUGGGACCAUCAGUUCAGUCUGCUGCAUCAGGAGGAAACUUUACUGGAGAUCAGCUCACGCAGAACAGAACUCAAGUUCCUGUCAGUGCAUCACAUCGUCUUCCAGCAUCCUCUUCCAAAUCUAUCAGCACCUUUAGUCACACGUCAGUUGGAGUAACACAACAACAGUUCACCUUUGGUCAGAAAAAAGCUAUGAACCAGACGUCACCAGUUUCUGCAUCGAAGACACAGGAUAAUUUGAGACAGCCUCAGCUAACAAGUCUUCUGAGCAACACACUAUCAGGACAGGACUCUGGAGGAAAAAUGGUACAGCAAUCUCUAGGAACUGCACAGCCACAAGAAAAAGUAAUAGGAUCAUCAUCAGUUCAACAGAAUAUACAGGUGGAUGGUCAUUUAGUUGGACAGAAAAGGCCUGCUGCUAAACAGUUAACUAAAGGAGCUUUUAUUCUACAGCAAUUACAGAAGGAUCAGGUGCAUGCUGUGACGCCAGAUAAGAGUCGGUUCAGAUCAUUAAAUGAUGCAGUUCAGAGACUCCUUUCAUACCAUGUGUGCCAGGGAUCGCUGCCAACAGAGGAAGACUUAAGAAAAGUGGACAGUGAAUUUGAAUCUGUAGCUACACAGCUUCUGAAGAGGACACAGGCUAUGCUGAACAAAUACAGAUGUUUGCUUAUAGAAGAUGCAAUGCGGAUAAAUCCCUCUGCAGAAAUGGUUAUGAUUGAUAGGAUGUUUAACCAGGAAGAAAGGGCAUCUCUGACCCGGGAUAAGCGUCUUGCACUAGUGGAUCCUGAUGGUUAUCAGGCCGAUUUUUGUUGUUCUGCCAAACAAUUUGAUAAAAUAGCUGAAGAAGCACAGUCCAGCAAAAGUGACCAUCAGCCUAGCAAAACAUUACCUUCUCGAAGUCAGACUACCAAAACCCAAGCUAGAGACCGACCAAAAUCCAGCUCAGCAGAGUCCACGAAUCACAGUAAACUUCCUCUAGUGCCUAACAACAUUCUGACACCACAAGAAGGAACAGCUUCUACUAAAAAAUCGGAGAGCCUCACUAAAGCUUUAAAGUUUGAAAAAGCUAAUUGUUCUUCUGAGAGCCAAUACGUGGCCCUUUCUGAAGAAAAGAUGGCUGGGAAAGAUCUUGCCAAGUCCACCGAGAAUUCUUCGAGUUCUGAAGAAUUGUCAAAAACUGUGUCAAGAGGCAGUCAUGGAACACACAAUAAAACAUCAAGGAACACAGUUCAGUCUUUCUCAAAGGUAACAUGUAAUAAUUCCCUCCAAGACAAAACUCUGAGGAGCUCUCCAAAGAAUGAGGUUUUACAUGCUGAUAACAGGAAAGGCUCUGGUGAAUCCCAGCAAGACGUACUGCUCAGUAAGAGUUUAGAAACUACAUUUAAAAACAUCUUGGAACUUAAAAAAGCUGGGAGACAGCCACAAAAUGAGGCAACAAGUAGCGGCUCAGUUGAAUUAGAAUUUCCUAAUUUUUCACCUAUUGCUUCACAGGAAAACUGCCUGGAAAAAUUUAUUCCAGACCACAGUGAAGGCAUUGUAGAAACUGACUCUAUUUUAGAAGCAGCUGUAAAUAGUAUCUUAGAGUGUUAAUAGUUAGAGUACCAUGGACAAGUUAUGUUUCUCUUAGCAGAAGCAAAUGUGAAUGACACCACAAGUACAGCCUGACAUGCAUUUAAGGUUAACCUUUCUAAACUAGAUUCUGUUCUGUGUUUGAGAGCAAUACUCAUUGUGGUUACAGUGAGAUAUCCAAGUAAAGUUAAUCCUUGUUAGAAUGCAGUCUGUUAGGGCCUUACUAUUUCAAGUAUUAUUAUGAUAGUGCUUUUGAUAAUUGUGUGGUACUGCAGCGGAACAAGGUUGCAGGUCGUUAGGCCCUAUGUAAUACGGUAAUAUACUGACAAUCACAGUCAUUUGAAAGGAUAUAUUUAUUAAGAAGAUGUUUUUAAAAAGUGAUGGAAGCAACAAUUCUCCCCUACCCUUCUCUUCCACAAAUCAUCAAUUUUUUUUGUUGUGUUUUGUUGUUUUUUUUUUUCUUUUUCCUGGAAAACCCACUGUACCUCUAUUCAGAAGUGAUUAUUUGCUUUGUUAAUGAUUCUGUGUUCUAGGAUACUUAAGUUGGAAGGAUAUCAUCAGUGUGUUUACAAGGCUUCAUAAUUUAAACUUAAAGUGCUUUUCUAUUGCUUUCUGAGCAGAAACUAGUACUUGAUGAUAUAUUUGUAGUGGGUAACUUUAGUCUGUGGGAUGAUAUUAUAUGAUCUUAGUCACAGUGGCAUGAUAUGAAGUAAUAAAUGCUUGACUAAGGAAGGUAGAAUGGAAGCCAGUAAAUGGCAAAGUGUACAGGAUGAGGCCAUGAUAGAGCCAUGAAUUUAUAUAUAUAAUACAUAUAUAUGUUAACUCUUGAGGAAGAGAUUUUGCAUUUUAUAAUUGGAUGUAGUCAGCCUUGAGUCUUUCUGAAGUGGUAUAAAUGUUUUGGUUUUUUUAUUAUUUGUUGUUUGUUUUUUUUUUAGACCAAGUGUCAAAAGCACUUUUAUUUGAAAACUGUUAUGAUAUUUGUAGCUUAUAUUUUAAAAGGACAUUAGCCUUACUCUAAUUAAAUUUAAAGGCCAGUGUUUAUUUUUUUUUUUGCUUUUUGCUGUCAGAGAAUGUUCAUUCAUCCACCGUAGCAGUCAUAAUUAUCAAGAUAUGUACAGACCAAAGUCGAUCAGCAAUCCCAUUGUUUAAACAUAUCAAAAAGUGUGUAAUUAUUAAUUCAUAUUGUAGAGCCAAAUGAAACCAUUGCAUGGUUUGUAUUUGGCUUGCUGUCAUGUUGUUAAGAUAGAAUCUUAUUAUUUUAUUUAUUUAUUUUAAUCUAUGAUUUAUUUUUUUUUUUGCUGCCCAUGCUGCUUUUUCCUAGUUUACUUUGGUCAUGAGUGCUUUUGUGCACAUAAGUACGCUGACAUCUGUCACGUGCAUAUAGUACAUAUGUCUGCUCAGGAGGAUAUAGCUUUUGUGAUUUCUAAGGUAUGCUCAUGUUUCUCCCCCAGACCUUCUCCACAAUUUCUUAGAAAAAUUACCAGCCAUUUUCCAGACUUGCUGCUGACAAUAUUCAUCAUAGAGAGGCUUGUUGUGACAAGCUGUGGUUGUCAGUCAGAUUGCCAGGAAAGAAAACAGGUGAUUUUGCUGUCACGUAAUUCAGUCCAUCUGAAUAGUGCAAAAGGAAACAGAUCCUGGUGACAGUAGAAGAUUACAGUGCAACUCGGUGUUGAGCUACAGUCUGCUGUCUGACCACUAAAGGAAACCAAACCUAGAAAGCAAUGUGAGAAAGGUGAACUCACUUAAAAUUAAUUUCCCCUUCAAAGUGAAUGGAAAUACUGGUUUUCUAUGUUGCUAAUUGCCAUUUAAAAAAAUUGUGCCAAUUUUAAAGUACAUGUUUGUAAAAACCCAACAUUCCCAAGUGUUGUAUAAAAUAUUGAAAGUAAUAAUAAGUAUUGCCAGUUUUAAAUUUUUAGUUAGGUGUCCAUAGAAUAGACUCUCAGGUGGUUAGUUGUUUUCUUAUUGGCAAAACUGACAAUAUAGUCUUCACCUAUUGCCUUUUUAGAUUUAAUAAUAUGCUCAUGGGUGUGCAUCCUGAUGCGUAUUUUAUUUUAUCAUUCUGGAAAUCUAAUCAGUCUAAACUAUCUAGGAAGGAAAACGGUAAGUUACACAGCUCUAUGUUAACUAGUUACAUUUUUCUUCUAAGGGAAAAGAAAGUAAAGUUGCACAUUCAUUGAUCCACUUGCUUUUUGUACCACCUCAAAAUGGGUUUGGGGUUUCCAGCCUCUCUACAGCAAAUACACAGUGAAGUGUCAGGCUAUGUGUCUUCUGUUGGGUCUCGUUUGGAGAUGGGGGAUGAUGGCAUACAAAAAAAUGACAAAUUACAAAAAGUGAUCAUGGCUGAUUCGGUCAGACACAUUUCUCUGAACUACUUAUGAGAGGAACCCAUUGAACAAUCCAAGCAAGAUUAACCUUAGAUUGUUGAUGUUCUGUUGUCACUCCUUUGAAUUUAAUUCUGAGGGAAUUCUGGUACGUGGUGAAGCAGUAAAUGAAAGAAUUGUAUUUUUUGUUGUGCUUAAAAAAAAAAAGUAUGAAUUUAUUAAUCAUGUGGGCUCAUGU